UCGGGCAGACGUUUAAGCCAUAGGAGGGGAAUGUUUCGCGGAUCCUGUAGACUGUGGUGCUUUGCCACCGUGCUGGCCCUGCUCCCGUUAGCCUUCCCGGCCGAAACUGUGCCGAAGAGUGUAUCAAUUCCGCCUAUCUGCCUAAACGGAGCGAAGGUGGCAGGCAAGUGUGUGUGCAAUCCCGGCUACAGUGAGUACAAAGGCAACUGUUACCUUACCCAGGUACCGGCCGGCUGCCCAGCGGGAUCCGUGCUGUGGAAUGGAAGUUGCCACCCACAGGUCUUGCCCCCGAUACUGGAGGUUGUUCCAGCGAAGGAAAGCUUCAUAGUUGUGCCACCGUUGCAUAUCAAGCUCCCGGUGCCGGAUCCGCUCGAUCCGAACAAUGUGGAGGAAGAGCAGGCGGAGGAUGAGGAUGAUGACGACGCGGAACAGGUCGGUAUGGUGCCGACGCGUGAUCACCAUCUCACCGUAAGCUACGAGAAGAUCGUUAACAACCAUAAUGUGAUCAAUAACGAAACCACAUUCAACACGAACACGGUCAACAACGUCAUAGUGCAGAUCAUGCGCCGGAAAGCGAACGGAGCUUUGCGAAUGGUCGUGAUAAGAAACAACGAAACCACCGUGCACGAGGAAGGCCCAAACGAGACCAAGCCGCCGAGUAAAACGGAACCUCCGCCGCCAGCCGACAGCACGGACAAACCUGCGACAACGAAAGCACCGGACUCGGAUCCUCCCUGCUGUAUGAUCGUGUCGCCAAGGGUGUGCCGAAAGCAGGAGGACGAAUGGGUUUGCUUCCAUCGGAAGCAGUACGUGUGUGCCCGAGUGUGCACGGCAAAGGUGAUGUACCUGCGACCGAGAAAGCCUCGCUAUCAGCAUCCAUGGUUGAUUAUGCCACCGAUGACGACCUACCCGUCGUACAAUGCUCACUGUCGUAUGGGACAGUGCCCAAGACCAGAUUGUUCUGGGUGCCUCCGGGGAAGAAGCCGAUGCCACCCGAUGUGCUACACGUACGACUGUGCGAAGAAUGCGAGCUGUCACUUUGUCGAUCAGGACGCGUUCUGCAAGGAUUCCCCUGGACAGGUGUGCGUGAUGACCGAGGAAAAAAUUAUAGACCUACUGGAGCAACCCGAAGCAAAUCGAACUCUAGUUGGGUGAGACCCCAACCUUACAUGCUACCUAUUAAAUAAUAUUUCGUUAAAGAUAUGCUACCACCCAAAUAAACUAGCACAUACUAGAAGUAGGUUAAACUAUGGACGCACAAUAAACUGGUCGAGCUUCUUCUCGCGUGCGUGACU